UUAUUUUUUAUUUUUUUUUGCUGAGGUCUUCUCAAGCAAGCAAAGUGUGAAUAUGGCGUCGAUUUCGUCAACUCCACUCUUAAAUUCUACAUCCCUUUCACCUCUAAGAUUCCCCAAUUUCUCUUCUCCGUCUCCGUUCGCCGGAUCCUGCCGAUUUUUAAACCGUAAUUUGGGAUCAUCUCUAUCGCCGACGGUGAACAGAUCCGGCGGCGCUAUUAUGGCGGCGGCAUCGAUGCAGGGAGUGGUGACUGAGGCGAUGAACCUGAUCCAAACGGCCUCGCCUAGUUGGAAAUCCGCGGUGGCUAACAAUGUGUUGAUAUUCGUUCUCGGGUCGCCGCUUCUCGUCACCGGAUUGUCGGCUUCCGGGAUCGCCGCGGCGUUCUUGCUCGGGACUUUGACUUGGAGGGCUUAUGGGUCUGCUGGGUUUCUCUUAGUCGCUGCUUAUUUCGUUUUGGGAACAGCGGCAACAAAGGUUAAGAUGUCGGAAAAGGAAGCGCAGGGAGUAGCCGAGAAGAAAAAGGGUAGAAGAGGACCACGCAGUGUGAUUGGUUCAAGUGCUGCUGGUUGUGUCUGCGCUAUUCUCUCAAUAUAUCAAGUUGGAGGAUCAGCUUUCUCUCAGCUGUUCCGCCUUGGUUUCGUUUCCAGCUUCUGCACUAAAGUCUCCGACACCGUCUCCAGCGAGAUAGGGAAAGCUUUUGGAAAAACUACGUAUUUAGCGACGACAUUUAAGAUAGUACCAAGAGGAACAGAGGGAGCUAUGAGUGUUGAAGGAACAUUGGCUGGGCUUUUAGCAUCAUUUUUUCUUGCCUCUGUUGGCUGUUUCCUUGGUCAGAUAACUCCUCCAGAAGCAGCUGUUUGUGUACUAGCUUCCCAGAUUGCCAAUCUUGGAGAAAGCAUAAUAGGUGCAUCUUUUCAAGACAAAGAAGGCUUCAAAUGGCUAAACAAUGAUGUAGUGAACGUGAUCAACAUAAGCUUGGGAAGCAUCGUGGCGAUAUUGAUGCAGCAGUUUAUACUCCAGAACUGGGUCAAGUAACAUUGUUCUCAUGGGGUUCUCAGUAAAGUUAAGGUUUUAUUUGUUAUUUAGCGUAAUCGCAUUUGUUCUAGUGAUGUGUAAAUACAUGGUGUUUUUAUGUAACAAUAGUCCCACAACAUUGUUGAACUCGAUUCGCCGUUGAUAGAUUCUCUCCAGUAGACGAGAGAGGAGACCUCAAAAUCUCUUUGAUCACUU